CCAAGAUCACGUCCUGUACACGUCCUGUACACGUCCUUCCUGACGACAGCGCACGCCGGAACCAUGUCAUCAGCCUCCGAUGCACCCCCUCCAGUCACGCCGGUGAUCGACCAACGUAUCGAGGACUGCUUGAGGCGCGUCACCGCAGCGGGACUGAAUCAUGGGAAUUUCACUGUCAACAAAGCGCGUGCAGCUGCUGAGCAUGAGCUGGGACUCGAUGCUGGCUUUUUCAAACAGGACCCCAUGUGGAAGGCGAAAAGUAAAGAAGUGAUCCAGAUUACGGUCGACGGCGGGCCUCUCGCAGGGGAAGCUGAGCUUUCAGCAACAGCAAAACCUGCAGCCAGAGCUGGAACCAAGCGCAAGUCUGACACGGCGCCAGCGAAGAAACAGCAGCCGCGAAAGAGAUUGCGCAAGAGCGAGUCCGAGGACGAGCUCUCGGAACCGGAUCUCGAUGACGACGACGACGAGCCCGAAGCGCAAGCAACGCCCAGCGACGAUGACGAUUUCUCUGACGCAAAGCCGGUAAAGAAAGCGCCUGCGAAGCGCAGAACGACACAAAAGAAGGCCAAAGCUGCAAGCGAUGACGAAUCAGACGCGAAGCCCAAGAGAAAGGCACCCGUGAAGCGCAGAGGUGGAAAGAAAGCAGAGGAGAAGGUCGUGGAAGAGAGCGAAGCUUCAGACCUUGAGGAAAGAGAGCUCCCCCCAGCGCCUAGAAAGAGCGAGGAAGAUGUCAAGUCAGAGGCGCAUGAUAUCAAGGAGGAGGAGAGCGAACUCUCCGAUGCACCUUCGACAGACAAAGCAGACACCAAUGGCAAAGCACCCCAGCCCGAGGACAUUGAAAGUGACAUGUCAGUACUGAUCGAUGAGCCGCCCAAGAGGAAGCGCGCAAGCAAAGCAGCAGCACAACACAAAGCCAAAACCAAGACUACAAAAGCCAUCAAAGCAAAGUCCACCACCAAAGCCCUUUCCCCCGACGAAGAGGAGAUCAAACGCCUACAAGGCUGGCUUGUCAAAUGCGGCAUUCGCAAGCUCUGGCAUCGCGAACUCGCAGACUACGACACCUCCAAGCCCAAAAUCAAGCAUCUGAAAAAAAUGCUCGAAGACGCAGGCAUGACGGGACGGUACAGCAAUGAAAAAGCAAAAGAUAUCAAAGAGAGACGAGAACUCGCUGCCGAACUCGAGGCUGCACAAGAAUAUGCGAGAAAAUGGGGUCAGGACAAGGACGCUCGCAGUGAUGAUGACGAUGAAGAAGAUGACCAAGACCGAAGUGGAAAGGGCGAGCAACUGAGCGAGGAGGAAUUAAAACCUGCCAAGAGAAAGCCGAAAGGCUUGGUCGAUUUUGGAGAUUCUGGAGAUGAUGGGUCUGAUUGA